AUGAACAAAUUAGCAUUUCCCACUGAUAAUGAGAAUAAUGAGUUUUUUGAUGAAGAUGCCAUUUCAAAAUCUACAAUUUAGGCUGUCAAUAAUUCAUUUGAUAAAGAACAAUUAGAUGAAUAAAUUGAAAGACCAUUUACACCUGUAGAUACUUAGAUAGAAAUGAUUCCUAAAGAACAAUGUCCUCAUUGUAAAAGAUAAUUCUUUCAGGGUCGUCUGACAUUACAUUUACGUAGUUGUACAACUGAACAUCCAUUUGUUAAGAAAUCCAAAAAUUAAAAAACUUAAACUUUGUAAAUAAAACCAGCCUUAUUACCAUGUCCACAUUGUCAUAAGAAAUAUAGAAAUCUAAAGACACAUACAUGUUAAACUAGAACAAAAGCACUAGAUAAAUAUAAAGUAGUAGCAUAGAUAAAUGAAGAAGAAGAAGCAGAUGAAACUUUAAUUUAAGAACUAUCUUCAAGUCAACCAUCAUUUCUACCAAAAAUAAAACAAAGAGUUGAAAACAUAUUAUCACGUUCAGUACCUAUAGUUAAGUGUCCAUCAUGUUAGAAGACAUUUGAACAAAAAGCAUAUGAAAAGCAUAUUAAUCUUUGUAUACGUAUGAAUAGUGGAAAUAAAUUUCAACGUAGUAUCUUUUGCACAAAUUGUGGAAAUAAAUUUGCCAACAAUCAUAAAUAUUGUGGUUCAUGUGGUAAAAAAAGACUAUGA